AUGGCAUCUGAAGCCGAUAAGAUCAAAUCAGAGCCGGUUGCUGCCGCCGAUGCGCCCGUCGAAAACGGAAACUCUGAAGCAGCAGAAGCAUCGCCAGCCGAAGCUGCUGCUGCCGGAGAGGAAGGAGGAGAGGAUGAUGCAGAUGGUGGCGAGGGAGCGAAGAAGGCGGGGGAGGAGGGCAAGGACGAGAAGGCGAGCGACGAGAAGGCGAGCGAGGUGCAGGCGACUCUGGAGAGGAAGAAGGCGCGCGCGGAGCGGUUUGGGACGGAGCUGACCAUCAGCGAGGAGGAGAAGCGCCGCCUGCGCGCCGAACGGUUCGGCACUCUGGACGCCACGCCUGCGGCGGAGGACGCCAAGAAGGCGGCGCGAGCCGCCAAAUUUGGAAUCAAAGCGGAUAAGGACGCCGGGAAUGGCGCGAGUGGCGCGAGUGGUGGUGGCGGCAGCAGCCAGGCGGACAAGGCUGCGGAGGAGGCGCGGAAGAAGGCCCGCGCUGAACGGUUCGGUUCGACUCAGCUGUCCGCGCUGAGUCCGGAGGAAGCGGCCAAGCGCGAGGCUCGAGCCAAGAAGUUCGGCACGGUGGGAGAUGGCGCCGCAGCUUCAGGAGGGGAUAAGAAGAGGGACACGUCCGCCAACCCUGCAGACAGCGAGCUCGAGGCUAAGAAGAAGGCUCGGGCGGAGAGGUUCGGCACACCCGCGCCUGCCGCGGCUGCUGUGGAGGCUACCGCGGAUGAGGGCGGCGCUGUUGCGGGCAGCAGCAGCUAA